AUGCUUAAUUUGUCUGGCACGGAAUUUUUUGGUGUGCUUCUGGCAGCUAAUGAGCGAUUUAGCGGUGACAGAUCUGUGCUGAAUGGCUUGCGAAUGGGCCGACGCUUCGCCGACAAUCGUGCUCUAAAUUUGCUGCCAUUCCAGUUGCCGAGAAACACCGAAAUUCGACUGAAGUGCAUCAUACGCGGGCGAACGCCAAAAAUCGAAUAUUUAAUUAAGGCCCCAGUGAUCCUCGGUACAAAAAUUACUGCGGCGAUCAUUCGCUUUUUAAGAACCGGAUUCGUCGGUAAGUUUUGUCGCCCCGGCUCGCGUUCUGCCGUCUUGUGGUCGAAGCUCGAGCCAUCGUCUGAUGUUCCAGUGAGUACGGCUUGGUUUCUCAGAACCUUCAAAGCUCAGGUAACGAAUUUGCGUAGGCCAAUAAGGAAUUUUUAA